AUGGGGGUCGAAUCGGACUGGAGCAAUUUGGGUAAGAAACUCAUCUCUUGCUACGCAAAAUGUGUUCUUGAAGAUGCAAUGAAGCUCGACAAACUGCCUUCGCUUAGGUUGCGAGAUAAACGAGAUGCUCGGCUUGCAAACACAAUUAACUCGUUGGUUCAUAGAAUGGCUGUAUAUAAAAACCCCAUAAACGCUGAAAAGGCUUUAGAUGCCGUGGAUUUGGGAAUAAUAUUCGAGAGGCUAGAUCUGCGAGAACAGUCCCAACCAGACGAAGCGUGGGGCUAUGAGGACCUUCUUGUACAAGAAACCCUUGCCUUUUUCAAGAUCGAUUUCUUCAAAUGGGUCAAUCAACCAGACUGCAACAACUGUGGUGCAGAAGGGGACAAAGUCGAGUCAAUUGGAGUGGCAGGUCCACCAAUCGUGAAUCCAGACGAGAUCAGUCUAAUCGAGCAGUAUAAGUGCAAGUCAUGCGGAACAAGGGUCGAGUUUCCAAGAAUCAAUAGUCCAGCCAAGCUUUUGGAAACGAGACGAGGGCGCUGCGGCGAAUGGGUUAAUUGCUUCAUGCUCGUUUUGCAGUCAGUGCUUGGGCCAGAGGCUCAGCUCAGGUACAUCUGGAACAUGGAAGACCAUGUCUGGUGCGAGUACUACAGUAAAAAGCAAAAAAGGUGGGUUCACCUUGACCCAUGCGAGAAUGUAUUUGAUGAGCCUUCGCUAUACUGUGCCAACUGGGGUAAGAAAAUGAGCUAUGUCAUCGGAGUUGGCGAUACGUACAUCAUUGAUCUCAGCGACAAGUAUAUCACUGACGAAGCAAAGCGCAUACCGAAGCAUGAUGUCGUCUCAAACGAGGCAAUGAUUCUGAAAUACAUAAAACGGAUCAAUGCUCGUCUCAUGAUUAUGUUCUGGCACGAGAGCCCUGAUGACGGAGAUGAUAACGAAAAGUAUGAUCAGUUAUACGAACAACUCAUUCUAGUCCACAACAAAGAAAUUGCAUCCCUUAAGGAAGUCUCACACGCCCGCGUGGAAAAAUCUAGCAUUCCAAAAGGAAGACAGACGGGCGAUGCCCUGUGGACAAAAGCUCGUGGCGAAGAUGGUGCCUGA